AUGAUGUAUUUGAAUAAAAUCUACUCAAAUUCAAAUGAUCAUAUCAGUGGAAAAUCAUCAUCCACAGAUAGAUUUGACAUCGAACUUCAAGAUUCACAACCAAGACGAAGACAAACAAUGAAUGAUGAUCAUAAUCAAGAUCAAUAUUAUGCAUCUAGUAGUCGUUCAAUACCAGCAAAACAAGAAGAAUUCCUUUCAUCUAAAGCUGAACGAUUAUCACCAAUAAAUAAUAAUGUCGAAAUUCCAAGAAAUAUUUCGACUAUAUCAUCUCCUGAUCCUAUUCUAAUAUCUUCAUUACCCGUAGUAGUCGAAGAGAAGUAA